CGGCUCGAUCACAACAUCAGCUGUUGUGGCCAAGAUGGCGCUCAAGCUGACGGAGCCGGAGGUUCCUCUGGACACCGACCGAGCCGGGGACCCGGGGGAGUGUGCCCUGCGGCGCUGCAGGGGGAGGCCCAGGCUCACGGACACGGACCGGGCCCAGAGGCGCCUCGAGUCCCGGAAGAAGUACGACGUCCGGAGGGUUUACCUGGGGGAGUCCCACAAGCUGUGGAGCGAGCUCCGCAGACGGACCCGGCUCAGUGACGCGGGACUGGCGGAGUAUCUGAUCCUGCUCGACUCCACGUAUGGAGACAAGUACCAGGAGACACACUGCGGGAAGAAGAUUGUUCCAGAAGUCUCAGUGAAACAGAAAAAAGGCAGAAAGCACUGUGUGUCGAGCCUGCAGAGCCUGGUGUGCUGGUACCAGGAGCACUCCCGCUCCUGCCCUCACGAGCCCCAGCUCAAGACUCUGGAGCUGCAGCCCAACUUCUCCACUUCUGCCGUCUGGCAAUGUGACGCCAACCACUCCUUUGUGCAGUACCUCUUCUCACCACCGAGGGAGGCAAGUGACUCUGAACGCGAGGAGGAGAUGAAUGAGGAGGAGGAGAACACGACCAGAGCAGAUUCGCUCUCGGCUAAAAGCGCAGUGAGCAGGAGGAGAAGAAAAGAGACUCUCAAACUAUUCAAAGAUGUGGGAGAAAAUGAGGAUGUUUCUGAGGAACAACAAACAACCAUGAGCCCGAUCAAAGAGGCUGAUUCUCUGAACCACCAGCCCAGUCUCGAGGCUUCCUCCAAGGAGGUUCCCCUGAUGGGGCAGCCUGUGUGGGAGAUGGAGAUGGAGGAACAGCAGGGGUCCCCCCCUGCAGCAUUUGUCUCCAUCUCCUCAGAAGAGGAGGCCGAGGAUCUGAGGCAAAGCAGAGACGGAGAGGAAGGAGAGAAACUCAUAGAAGAAGACAUCAGGACUCUACCACAUAAUUAUGAUUGUGUUGCCAUGACAACACCCGUGGCUGAUAAACUGGAGAAGACGGACGAGGAGUCAGUGCUGUCGCAGAGCUUGAGCAGCCCCGUUGAACUGUCAGUCCCAUCAGGUCCUCCCAUGCAGGUCCAGGAGCAGAGUGAUCUGUUUCCCCCCCAGACUCUGCAGACGGUGGUGACCAGCUGUGAGAUCCCUGACCAGAGAACGGCUCUGGAGGGCUCGCAGUUAAUUAUAAUCACUGGCCCCAGCUACGAGGCCCUGGCGUCAGAGGGCAUCCAGCUCAACAUGGGCGGAGGAACCGUGGAGGAGGUCACCUGCACUGUCAUCGGGGGCGUCACUUACAACCAGGUGUGCUCCUGUGACUCAAAAAUUACAACAGCAGAGGAUGAAGACUCCAUGACAGGUCUGAGUGACAAACAGCUGCUGCAGCCUGCGGAUGCUCUGGAACUCAGUGGUGACAGAGAACUGCAAAGGAAUCUGAGCAGUGUCCGGUCAAAGAGAAACAGACGAGGCCCGGUCAUCGAGGCUGACGGGAUGCUCAAGAUGUUCCACUGCCCAUACGAGGGCUGCAGUCAAGUCUACGUAGCGAUCAGCAGCUUCCAGAAUCACGUGAACCUGGUGCACAGGAAAGGGAGAACCAAGGUUUGCCCCCAUCCAGGCUGCGGGAAGAAGUUCUACCUGUCAAACCACCUGCAUCGCCACAUGAUCAUCCACUCAGGGGUGAGAGACUUUAUCUGUGAGACGUGUGGAAAAUCGUUUAAGCGAAAGAAUCACCUGGAGGUUCACAGGCGGACGCACACGGGAGAAACGCCGCUUCAAUGUGAAAUCUGCGGCUACCAGUGUCGCCAGCGUGCAUCCCUGAACUGGCACAUGAAGAAACACACUCCAGAGGCUCACUACAACUUCACCUGUGAGUUCUGUGACAAGAGGUUCGAGAAGCUGGACAGUGUUAAAUUCCACAAGCUAAAGAGCCACCCCGACAAGCAGGCGACCUGAGACGCUGGAGCGAGCGCCGCUGACAAGGAGCUGAACAGGAACAGGUUCAACCCUCACGAACCGAAAGGACGACUUCCAGCGAGGAGAGAGACGUUCCUCCGCUGUGGUUGUGUUGCUUCUCUCGUCCAAGAGGUCAAGGAUCGCCUGUGGACACACAAAUGGUGGACGAGCCGCUCUGACUGCUGUGCAGGAAACGGCAAGAAAGAAAAUCUUAAUCCACUGUUGAUAACUGACCAAAUGAUCAUCCAAUCCAAGUUGCAUAACUAGGCUUGGCAGCUCGGUCAAGCGUUGGGUUUGGCUUCAUCUUGACGGGAACAACUGUGUUGAGGCUACAGCCACAGAUUUUCAUUUGAAAAGACAUUAACUCUGCUGCAGAUACGCCCGGCGUCCACACGACUGUGGAGUGGAGACGCUGCUGGUCCCGUUUUGAUUUAAACAGUCCGGACGGGCAGAGACAGUUUGGAAACGCUGACGUAGACGCUCACAGCCUCUUGCUGAUUGGGUCUUAAUGGUCAGAACUUAGCCUUUGCUGAUUCGUCAGGCUCCCGUCACAUGACCCCCUUCUGAAUGAAAACAACCGGUGACCAGAGGACAACACAACAUGGAGAAUCAAGUGUUACUGACCCUGUUGUGUUUAUCUACAAUGAUACAACUGCUAACAUGUAUAUUUUGAGCGAACUGACCCUAACAACCGAAUGCUUUCUGUGCACAUUGGCACACGCAUGCUGUUCCAGGUAGAAACAUUUUGGGCUCUUUUUUUUUUUUUGCAGCUUUUCCAAAACCAAAAAAUCACAAAAGAUCUAAAGAUUGAAGGAAAGAAUUCCAUCGGGUGUUUGUCUGCUCCGACGUAAGCUACAGACGUUAGCAUGGCUGGCUCACCAGUUUCAGGGCGGUGGCAUUUACUACGUUGUUGUGGGGUCACAAACACAACAUGGGUUUACCAACACAUCCACCAUUUAAAAGUUAGUUACUGUUUGGCAUCAUUAGCUACUCUGCCCUGCUCCUUCCUGGGUCUGACAGAGUCCCACGACAAAGCCUGAUCCUAUCGGAGGUAGCAUUACGUUCUUUAAACCCAAUGGUUGAGGGUUAAAAUCCUCCUUAUGAAGCCAUUUUCUGUCCAUGACCCUAAAAAUAUAAAUGUCACCUGUGUAAGCUGAGCAGCUAACGUUGAGCAAAGUCACGUUGGAACAAAGCAACAGUCUAAUCUUGCAUAUUUCCUUAUCAGACUUUAAACACUAGAAGCUCUCAACUGCGAUACAGGAUUAUUUAGACAGUUUCUUUAUUCCCACGAUUUACACAUGAGGCUUUUUGCCGGGGACUUGCUGCUUUACCCUUUUUGUGGCCUUUUGGUAAAACAGUUGACCGAGGACGGUGUUCUCAGCUGCGUGUGGAGCUCACAUGAGCGUGUGGAGCUGAUAUGACUUGGCUUAACUGGUUGGCUGGUAGCUGGCAUGUUCUUCCUGUGUUUGCGUGGCUUUUCUCCAGCUUCCUCCCACAGUCAAAAGACAUGUUCGGUUGAGACUCUAAAUUGACAGACAGAAGGACGGACUGUUGAAAUCUUGACAGGACCGUGAACACCUCAGCAGCUUGGAGGAGAAACCUGCUCUUUUCUACCUCUGUCUGAAAUCAACAUCGACUGUUUCCAAGACGAUUGAACGUUUGACAGCGAAUAUUUUUUCCGUUUAAGGAAAAAACAAUCGUAGGCCUUGAAAACCAGUAUAAUGGUCCUUUAGCGAUAAAGCGUGAUUUGAAUAUGAUUGCUCGACCCUUUAAUACACAACCAAGACGGAUUAUUGAUGACGAGCAGUGUGGUGGAUGAAGAUAUUACUACUUACAGUGCAUGUAGUGACACAAGUGUCGGCUCUUUCAUUUCAGUGAUUCAAAUGUGAGCAUCUGUUGUGUGGGACAUGUUUCUCCAUCUUCCAUCUUGGUCCUGACUCACAGGAGCAGGAGAUAAAUCCUGUAACUUUCAUGUGACAGUCUCUCAGGAAAAUUCACCUCAGCCAUCUUGUCUCCUGUCUGUAUUUCAGUUCCUGACUAAACGCACUCACCCUUAUGAUUCACUAAAAUAUAUGAAAAUGA